AUGACCAAGACCCUGAAGGAAGGAAAUCAUUCAGCGGUGUCUGAAUUUUUGCUGGUGGGACUCACCAGUUCCUUGGAAAUACAACUUGUUCUCUUUCUCAUUUUCUCUGCAUUCUAUGCAGCAGGUAUUUUAGGGAACCUGCUCAUUGUGCUCACAGUGAUAACUGAUUCCCACUUGCACUCCCCCAUGUAUUUCUUACUGGCCAACCUCUCCUUCAUUGACAUGUGGCUUUCAUCCAGUGUAGCUCCAAAGAUGAUUGCUGAUCUUUUCAGGGAGCAGAAAGUAAUCUCUUUCGAGGGCUGUAUUGCUCAGAUGUUCUUCAUUCAUCUUAUUGGAGGAACUGAGAUGGUCCUGCUCAUAGUCAUGGCCCUUGACAGAUAUGUUGCUAUAUGCAGACCUCUCCACUACCUGACCAUCAUGAACUUCAGGACUUGUAUUUCCCUCUUAGUGACUGCCUGGACCAUUGGAAUCAUCCACUCAUUGAUCCAACUAGUAUUUGUUGUAAAUUUGUCAUUCUGUGGCGCCAAUGAAUUGGACAGCUUUUACUGUGAUCUUCCUCGGUUUAUCAGACUUGCCUGUGCAGACACCUACAGAUUGGAGUUCAUUGUCACUGCCAACAGUGGGCUCAUCUCCCUGGGCACUUUUUUCAUUCUGAUCAUCUCCUACAUCUUCAUCUUGGUCACUGUUUGGCACCAUUCUUCAGGUGGCUUGUCGAAGGCCCUCUCUACACUGUCAGCACAUGUUGCUGUGGUAAUCUUAUUUUUUGGUCCUUGCAUCUUUGCAUAUCUGUGGCCAUUUCUCACAGUGUCAGUGGACAAAUUCCUUGCCAUUUUUGAUGUAAUUAUCACCCCAUUUCUAAACCCUAUGAUCUACACUUUUAGGAAUAAAGAGAUGAAGGUGGCAAUGCGGAGACUCUUAAGCCAGGCCUUGAGUUUUAGGAAUCAGUUUUAA